GUUUUGCGAUGUAAAACGCAGCUCUGUUUUUUUCUUCAAUGGGUGGUAGCAGCUGUUUGCUCCAUAAUUUCCAGUUGAGAAAGUAUGGGAAUGUAGCAAGAUCACUUCAAAAAAAUAUCUUAUCGGACACUUUCGAAAAGACACACAUUAACCUUGUCAAUCAGUCUUACUUUGACCAAAUAAUUACAGACAUUUCAAGUUUGAACAAGUUUAGACAAAAUAGUGGGUAACUGAGCUAGCACCCAAGCUAGUAAACGGACUUAGCGACGCAUCUGGACCAGUCUGGUAGUACGGUCCGGAACAAUGCAGGCCAUAAAGUGUGUCGUGGUUGGGGACGGAGCUGUGGGUAAGACAUGUCUGCUGAUCAGCUACACGACCAACGCCUUCCCUGGAGAGUACAUCCCCACAGUGUUUGACAACUACUCUGCCAAUGUGAUGGUGGAUGGAAAACCAGUCAACUUGGGCCUUUGGGAUACAGCAGGGCAGGAGGACUACGACAGACUCCGCCCCCUCUCCUACCCACAGACGGAUGUGUUCCUUAUCUGUUUCUCCCUUGUGAGUCCUGCCUCGUUUGAAAAUGUCCGUGCCAAGUGGUACCCAGAGGUCAGGCACCACUGCCCCAACACGCCCAUCAUCCUAGUGGGUACCAAGUUGGAUCUGAGGGACGAUAAGGACACCAUCGAGAAGCUCAGGGAGAAGAAACUCACCCCUAUCACCUACCCCCAGGGCCUGGCCAUGGCCAAAGAGAUCGGUAUGUGCGGUGAAGUACCUGGAGUGCUCGGCCCUGACCCAGCGCGGCCUGAAGACUGUGUUUGAUGAGGCCAUCCGGGCGGUCCUCUGCCCCCCGCCCGUCAAGAAGAGGAGAAGAAAGUGCUCCCUGCUCUAGAACCCCGCAGACAGGAAGUAUCGGGAAGUGGGCACUCGCCGGGCAGGGAGACAGGCAACGCAGACACAAAAGCAUUUUACUUCGGAAUCUUUCCUUUUAUAUAUAAUAUAUUAGUCUCUACUAGUACAGCACUGGGACAAACUGUUCCUUUGUUAAAAGAAACUGAACAUACAGAUAGGUUUAGGAAUGGGUGACAUCACUGAAGUGUAAGAAAUUCCAGAGGCCUUCUAAAAAUGGAUUUAAACUUCUGUGAGAAGGAUGAUGAAAUGUUUUUGAUUUGUUGCUCUUACUCGUAGUCCAUAUUGUUUACAGUCUUUAGAGGUUGUUUUGGGUGGAGUGAAUUUGCCAAACUGCAUACUGCAGAUAUUAGAAGCUGUACAGCAGACAGACACUAAACUUGUUGCUAUUUUUUUUAGGUUUACCUCCUUAACAGUACAGCUAAUAAUUUGGCAUGAUGCACUGCAGUUAACGGUUACAUGGUUAAGAUGGCAUUCUAUUUGUGGGGUGGCAUUCUUUAUAACAUGGAAAUCCAGAACUAGCCAAGUUAAUAGCAUCACCAAUUUUAUUUUCACCUCCAACUACUAAUUAAUGUACCAUACAUCUAAUUAGACUAGGACUGAGUUUGGGAAACACUGGUCUAGCCAAGUUAAUAGCAUCACCAAUUUUAUUUUCACCUCCAACUACUAAUUAAUGUACCAUAAAUCUAAUUAGACUAGGACUGAGUUUGGGAAACACUGGUGCUUUUUUUGUCGAUUGGAAAAAGCGUGAUCCUUCAGUAUUUAAUGGGAGAGCUGGCGUGCCUCGUUGCACGGUUGAACCUGUUAGUCAAAAAUGUUGUAUCCCCCACCCGUGUCCUCCCUGUACUGUCUGAACCGAAUCGUUGCCUGAGAAAAACAAAGCCUGCGACUUUAUAUGAGAAGAUUGGAUGUGAGGACUGUUUUGGGUGUCGAUGUGAGAUAAAAGCACCUUUUAUAUUAGUCUUUGGGCAUUUAUCAGAAACCAUUUAUGCAGCGAUUUCUUCGUGAAUAGCCCAUUUGAUUUACAGUAGCCACAACUACUUGGAAGGCGGAGCAAAGGAGAGCAUUUAAAUGACUGAGGAAUGUUGUAACGGUAACUUAGCUACAGUCAGUAACGAUGUAGUGUGUAUAUAUUCAUCUUUGGUUAUCAUUUGAAUUCAAUUGGUUAUUUUGUAUUAAAAAAAUUCCACUGAAGUUAAUCACUCACUGUAUUUUUAAACAAACUAUGAACGCUAUAUUGUUUACCAACUACAAAUAAACCUUUAAUUUUCCUACAA